GGAGGGGCUGGUGGGAAGCGGCGGGGCGGGCCCGGCCUCCCCCGUCCCCUCCGGGCUCUGCGGCCCCGAGUCCGCGGAGGCGCCGCUCGGCCCUCAGGCCCCUCCGGCCGCAGCGUGGGGGCGGGGCCGUCAGCCGGUCCCCGGGCGUCCUGUGGUCCCUGGGCGCGGCGACUUGGGCCGGAGCAUCUCUGGGCCGCGGUGCCCCCGCAGCCCAGCGUGUCCCAGACGGUGCGGGGCCCGCGGGAGGGCCCGCAGGACAGUCGGGCCUCGGUCUCCGGGGUCCGUGCGCGGAGGGGCUGCGGUCUGUGGGUCCCUAGUGCUUCUUUUUUCCCCAUGAGGCGCCCAGUUUUUCCUGAGUUUUCCAAAUAUUUGGGGAGCAGGGUCUCAAAUCCACAACCCUGUGUCCCCAGACUAGCUUUUCCUGGGCUGCCAAUAAGUCUCAAUUUUCAGAUCGCUCCUUGUGUUCCCAAAGUCACCUGCCCCUCUCGGAUUCACAGCAUCCUUAUCAACUAUUCGCCCUCCGCGGUGCAUCAAAGAGACCCGUUUUUAGCUGUUUAUCGUUAUUCCCCAGAGCCAUGGAUGGCUCUUCUUUAAAGAUGAAAUUUGUCUGUGGAUAUUUUACAUGAGAGGAAAGCAGAGAAUAACCACCUGCAACUACAAAGCAUGAAAUCCUUGUCUCCCCUCCAGGGUCUUUCUGGAGACAGACAUGCAGUUGUCACUCCUUUGGAGGGUGGAGGCUCCUCUUGAGAAACUUUCCUGGGUGAGCUGUCCUGUCAGCACUGCCCCUCCUUAGGUUUGUGACCUAGAAAAGAUUCACUAACUCAUGUGUCUCCAUUUUUCAAUAACCGUAGAUAUAUUUAAUCAAUAAUCCUUGGAAGACAAUAUAAAAUAGUUAAAAACAAACAACAAAGCUGAAUUUCAGAAAAAGAAAUAUUACAUUCCAUUUGUUAAGAAUUCUCAUUUCACUCUUUCUUCCCUUGAACGUGUGUAGUCAGUUUCUGAGGCCUGUUCUUUGCUUUUGGAUGUUAUUAAAUGAAGUUCCAGGCCUUAGACAUGCAGACCACAAGCGUUCAAGUGUGACUUCUUGCCAUGGAAAUAAUGACUGACUUUUUUUCCUGAAAGUGAUAGAUCUUUAGAGUUUUCUAGCUGAACUAGUAGAACUGCCUUAUAACACUCUGCCCUAUUUUCCACAUAACGACUGAGUUUAAGUGAUUUUGCUGAAUUAUUCAAAAACUGGGUUUGUGUCAUUUGAAAUGACAGUGAUGUUCCAAAGCAUCUCCAGUGGGGGCAGAGGCCUGAGGGCAGUGAGUCUAAGCUAAGGCCCCCUUGGGCCUGCAGAGGGAGGGCCUUGAAGGCCCAGUUGUCCUUCCUGGCGAGCCUCCCCUGCAGGUGUCCUGCUGCUCACACCCCCAUGGAAGGAGCCUUUAUCCUGAGAAGAGCUGCAGAGCCCUGGAAAGCUGGGGGUGCCCGUGCUCAUGGGGUGGGGAGUGACGCCCUUUCUGAGGCUCUGGUUCUGGUUCCUUAGGCCUGUAGAUUUUAAUGUUAUGUUUGAGUUUUGCACCCACACUGUAGGUGCACUGAGAGUGUAAUCUGUGCACAGUGAGAAAGUCUGUGAAAAAAACAUGAAGACCGACUCAUUACAAUUCACCCCUGAUGACUGAAAGAGGACAUCUCUUAUUCAACUGAUUUCAACUGAUCUCAGUAAGCCAGUACGGUGCUCUGUUUUAAUGGAUGUGAGGAAAAAACCCCUGAAUUUCUAUUUUCGUUGAUAUAAGGAGUCAUGUAAAGCUUACAUAUAUCUUUGGAAUUCCGACUUUAUUGCAGGGCUUAAUCGCAAACCCCUAGCGUACUCCUUCCUGAAAAUAUCAGCACUGUGAAACAUAGUGCAGGGACAAACUAUAAUGCCCCUUGUCCUUUUGGAAAUGAAUUUGUAAGUUGUUUUUUACUGUUCUAUGUUUAUUAUGGUUUAAAGGAUUAAAUCUUGGUGUGUUUUUCUAUGUAGAAAUGUUAAAAUUUAAUUAAUUUUAAAAUGCAAAAGUUAAUUAAAAAUAAUCAUCAAGCAUAGGAAAAUAUGGUGUGUGUAAAGUUCUCUCAUCUCAAAUAAAUCAUGAGUGGGAAGGUUAAAAUAUUCCUAAGAGAGGACUCCCUUAAGGAGACUCCCCGCCUGCACAUCCUGCCCCGCUCCUCUACCUGACUCCAGCCUCCCUCCCAUGACCAAUGUUGCUCACUGCUUCAUCAGUCUGUUAGUACAUCUUUAUGUGAAAACAAGCCAGUGCGAAUGCCUAGUUUUCUCACCCGUGUUUGUUCUUGUAAUGAGUGACCUGGAUCCACAUAUUUGCUGUUUGACUGCUGACAACUUAAGCCUCACCCUUCCUUUUCCCCUGGGAACUUCUUCUCUGGACAGGCUGAUGAGAAAGCCUGGAGGCUCCUGCACUGUGGGCUGCUGCUUGCGGGGCAGCUCCUCCUGGGCGCUGUGCUGCCCUAUGCUGCACUGUUGACCCCACCCAGCCUGGGUUCUAGGUGCGGAGAACUCCCAGGUGGCAGUUUGGGUAAUUCCUCGUCCUUCAGGAGCAGGAGUCUGGGAAUGAGGCCCUCCUUAUGUGGCCUCAGUCAGUGAUUUGGUGGGAUCUAUCUGUGUGUCUAGAGUGAGUGUGACACUGAGGUUGGGCUUGCCUUGAUACUGGGAUUGUGAGGGGACGAUUAUACCCUGUCAGUGAGCUGAGCCCUUCAAGGGUCACUCCUUACAGAGCAAUUAUUUCACAGAGAAAGAGAAGAGAGGAAAAUGCAGCCAGUAGGUGGUGAGAUCAGAGAGGGCUCAGCAGGACCCCUAGGGAACUCUGCUGCUGCCCGAGUGUCUUUUGCAACAUAGGUCCUGACCCUCCGGGUUAUGGUGGAUAACACCCACAGUCUGCAUCUGUCACAGCAAAGGGACUAGUUUGAACCCAUCUUCAUCCUGGGCUCCUUAAACUCUGUAAACCAACCAGUUGUCAUGGAGGAGGUGUCUGACCCUGAUGGCGGCAGUGAUGUGAGGCUCUCUGGAGGAGGGCCUUAAGUUGUCUGAAGGCUUCUGAUGCAGGAAACUGCCCCACGUCCCGCACUAUAUGCCACUAGAGCUGCUUUUUCAUCUCAUACUGAGAUCUCUUGAAAAUGGAGGCUCUCGUAAGUAAUGAGCAUGAGACCCUCUACCAGCGCACGUGUUAUGCCUUUGGCCUUGGAAACAGCAUCCUGCCAGCUCAGCUCGGCUACUGACACCUACUUGUCAUAUAAUGUAGCCUUACCUUGGCCCUGCAGUGUAUGCCACGUGCAGCAGGGUCAUGGCCCUUCUUCAGGUUAUUGAAAGAUGCUGUGGUGAUGGAGGAGGCCACCCCUCUCCCAGACCCCAUGGUUCCCUGGGUAGUUCCUCGGGAUUAACUGAAUGCACAGCACUGGGGAGUGCAUAGAGUUUGAUGACAAUACACAUUUGUACAUGAUGGAGCUCAGUGUGGCACUGAUGCUCUUCAUCCCUUAAUUGGGACAUCCGUGAUGAAGAACCAAACCGAAGGAUCGUUAGAGCUAACCAAGCAGCAGGCAGUAAUCUUAGUACAGGCCCAAAGUUGGCCUAAUCUGCACAUGUUCACAAACUCUUGGAUGAUUGUCUAUGAGAUGCCACUUUGUGGCAAAGAACUCUGGGAAUCUCUUGACUUGGAGAUCCUCAAAGUAGAAAUCAAGUACAUUGCUGGGUGUACAAUACAAGGACUCACCCAGGACACUCGUCAUCCACCUUGGGGUUCUGACACUACUGAUAGUGACCAUGGCGCUUCUCAGAGGAUACAGUGCUGUGCUCCCCAACAAGGCACUCGAUGGAAGUUUCCCCUCCCGUAUGGGUCUCAGGCUCAUAGAGCGCUGUACUGGCUUACUGAGAUCAGUUGAAAUCAGUUGAAUAAGAGAUGUCCUCUUUCAGUCAUCAGGGGUGAACUGUAAUGAGUCUGUCUUCAUUUUUUUUGAAAGACUUAAGUGUUUCUUAGAACAGUUUCAGGUUUACAGAAAAAUUGAUCAGAAUUUAGAUAUUUUCCACAGAACCCUCCUCUCUGCAUCCACACAGUUUGCACGACUUGUCUCAUUUUGUAUUACUCUGGUAGGUUUCUGGCCCAUGUUGAUGCAUUACAGUGCACAUUAGCAUUCACUCUGCGUGUUAUACACUGUGUGGGUUUUGGCAAAUGUAUAAAUACAUGGACCCAUCCAUUUCUGUGUCAUGGAGUGUAGUUUCUCUUCCCUGAAACUCCUCUGUGCUCCACCUAUCGACUCAUCUCUCCCUCCAGCGUCCAAGUUCUUCACAUCGAAAGGUCUUUCUACAGGUUCAUGCUUUUGUCUUUUCCAGAAUGUCAUGUACUUGGAAUCAUACUCUACGUACCCUUGUCACAUUGGCUUCUUUCCCUUAGCAGUAUACUUCUAAGUUUCCUCCCUGUGUUUUCAUGGCUUGAUACCUCAUUUCUUUCAUUGCUGAACAGUAUUUCACGGUACGGAUACACCACUGAUUGUCUAUUCAACACUUGAAGGACGUCUUGCUUAAAACUCUAACUCUUGCCAAUUAUGCACAAAGCGUCUAUGAACAUUCAAGUGUAGCUUUUGUGUGAACAUAAGGUUUCAACUCAUUUAGAAAAAUACCAAGGUGCCUUAUUGGUGGAUCUUCCUCUAUGUAGCAACAGUGUAGUUCGUUUUCAAAGAAAGUUCCUGUCUUCCAUUGCAGGCACACCAAAUUCCAUUCCCGCCAACUGAAUGAGGAUUACCUGUAGCUUUGCAUCUUCAACAGUAUUUAGCGUUCUGACUGUUUUGAGUUUUCCCCAUUUAGACUCAGUGGCCAUUGAGGAUGUGGCUGUGAACUUCACCCCAGAGGAGUGGGCUUUACUGGAUCCUUCACAGAAGAAACUCUACAGAGAUGUGAUGCGGGAAACCUUCAGGAACCUGGCCUCAGUAGGGAAAACAUGGGAGGAUCAUGAUAUUGAAGAAAAGUAUCAAAACUGGGAGAGAAAACUAAGAAGUCAUAUGGUAGGGAGACUCUUUGAAAGUGAAGAGGGUGGUCAAUGUGGAGAAAACUUCAGCCUUCUUCCCAAUCUCAAACUGAAAAAGAAAACUACAGCAAAACCGUAUAAAUGCAGUGCAUGUGGAGAAGUCUUCAUGCAUCAUUCAUCGCUUAAUAGGCACGUUAGAUGUCACACCGAACACAAACCAUAUGCCUAUCAAAAAUGUGCAGAGAAGCCAUAUAAAUGUAAGGAAUGUGGGAAAGCCUUCCCUUUUCCCAGUUCUCUUCAAAUACAUGAAAGAACUCAUACUGGAGAGAAACCCUAUGAAUGUAGAAAUUGUGAUCAAGCAUUUACUUUUUCCAAGUCUCUUCGAAUACAUGAAAGAAUUCAUACGGGAGAGAAACCGUAUGACUGUAAGGAAUGUGGGAAAGCGUUCUCAGCUCCCUCAAGUCUUCGAUCACACAUGAUCUCUCACACUGGAGAUGGACCGUACAAAUGUAAGGAAUGUAAGAAAGUAUUCGUUUCUCACAGUGCUUUUCGAAUACAUGAAAGGAGUCACACUGGAGAGAAACCCUAUGAAUGUAAAAAUUGUGGUAAAGCAUUCAUUUCUUCCAGGUCUCUUCGAAUACAUGAAAGGAGACACACUGGGGAGAAACCUUAUGAAUGUAAAAAUUGUGGUAAAGCAUUCAUUUAUUCCAGGUCUCUUCAGAUACAUGAAAGGAGACACACUGGGGAGAAACCCUAUGAAUGUAAAAAUUGUGGUAAAGCAUUCAGUCAUCCUAAUACUUUUCGAGUGCAUGAAAGACAUCACACUGGAAAGAGACCCUAUAAGUGUAAGGAAUGUGGGAAAGCCUUUAUUGCUGUCACAAAUCUUCAAGUGCACAUGAUCACUCACACUGGAGACGGACCUUAUAAAUGUAAGGAAUGUGGAAAAGUUUUCAUUCAUCCCAGUUCAUUUCAAAUACAUGAAAGGAGUCACACUGGAGAGAAACCCUAUGAAUGUAAAGAAUGUGGGAAAGCCUUCAGUUUGUAUGCUAACUUAAAAAGACACAAAAUAACUCACACAGGAGGGACACCCUUUGUAUGUAAAGAAUGUAGUAAGGCUUUUAUUUCUCUUCACCUUUUCCAAAUACAUGAAAGAAAUCACACUAGUGAGAAAUUCUACGAAUGUAAAAAAUGCAAUAAAGCAUUUACUUCUUUCAGUUCUCUUGAAAGACAUGAAAGAAAUCACAGUAGAGAGAAACCGUAUGAAUGUCAAAAAUGCAGUAAGGCAUUCUGUUAUCCCAGUUCUCUUCGAGUACAUGAAAUAACUCACACUGGAGAGAAACCCUUUGAAUGUAAGGAAUGUGGGAAAGCCUUUAUAGCUCGCUCAAGCCUUCGAUCACACAUGGUCUCUCACACUGGAGAUAGACCUUAUAAAUGUAAGGAAUGUGAGAAAGCAUUUAUUUCUCUCAGUGCCUUUCGAGUACAUAAAAGGAGUCACACUGGAGAGAAACCAUAUGAAUGUAAAGAAUGCAGUAAGGCAUUCAGUUGUAGCAGUUCUCUUCGAAAACAUGAAAGAAUUCAUACUGGAGAGAAACCCUAUGAAUGUAAAGAAUGCAGUAAAUCAUUCACUCGUUCCAGUUCUCUUCAAGUACAUGAAAGAACUCAUACAGGAGAGAAACCCUAUGAAUGUAAAGAAUGCAGUAAAGCCUUCAUUUCUUCCAGUUCUCUUAGAGAACAUGAAAGACUUCAUACGAGAGAGAAACUGUAUGAAUGUGAAAAAUGUAGUAAAGCAUUUACUUUUCCCAGUUCUCUUUGAAGACAUGAAAGAACUCAUAUUGAAGAGAAACCCUAUACAUGUCAGGAAAGUAGAAAAGCCUUUCUUUCUCAUACAAACUUUUGAGGAUAUGUGAGAAGGCACAGUAGAGCAAAAACAUGUAAAUAUAAAGAAUGCAAGAAAGCCUUUUGUCAUCCCAGUUCUUUCUGAAGGCAUACGAGGAGUCACUUGAUAAAACCUCUUGAAUGUAAACAAUGUUGGAAAGAUGUCACAUGGCCUACAUCCUUCUAUGUGAAACUCCCACCAAAAAGAAAUAUAAAUGUAAGUCAUGAAAAAGCUUGAUGGAAAUAUACUGUGUUUACGCAGCCUCUUUCCUAAAGUGCAGCAUUGGAUUGUGGGUUUCUAUUAAUUACUUUCAGAAAUGAAUAUUGAAGUGAGAUAAUUCUGAAAAUCAUCCUUCAUCAAUAAUAUAUACGAUUAUUAGGUAGUGCUUUUUCCUUAAAUCUGUUAAUAGUAUUUUCUCUUUCAUUUAUUUUAUAAUGUUUUAAAUGUUCCGUGUUAAGGGGCCAUUGAAAAAUGACAGUUUGUGUUUGUUAGGAUUUUCUUACUGGCCAUGUAUUGCAGUUCCUGGAUACGCCUCAUCCAUUGUGUACAUUGUUCUUUUCUCAGAGUAAGCUCUUUUCGGGGGGUGCUGAGUAUAGGAGCCUGUUUUUAUUUUCCAUGCUAUUAAACAUUUGGAACAAAGUUUUAUGUGUGGCAAGUUUAUCAAAGAGUAUAGUUUGCUGGGAAUUCUUAUUUUCGUAUUUGGGCCUUUUCUCUUGGUCCUUCCUUCUGACUGGUAUUUGGUGAAUAGGGUUUGAAUCUUGUAGAGGCCUGUGAGAGGGCAACAAAAUCUAGACCUGGACACAUCACCCUUGUAUUAUGUUGUGUUGAUGAGGGUGAUAUUAAGAACCAGAUCUUUAAGAAUCUAUUCCUUUAUGGUUCCAUGCUGGAAUUCACCAGUAGCUUCACUUGCAUGAGAUUUGGACGGCAGAAGCAAACAAGGGAUUACUCAGAUUUUGGAGCCACCACACAGGGAGAGAGACAGCUACUUAGGAGCACUAAGGACACAACCUUCCAUCCCAUUUUCUGGGUUCUUUACCCGUUAGUCAAGAGUAACUUGAAAACCACACCAAGGUCCUGGGGGGUUAUCAUAACAUGCUCUACCAAAUUCUCCAGUGAAAUUCUGGCUCCUUUGUAGAAAUACUUUCUGAAGUCAGCGUUUCACAUUUGUUCUGACCCUUGGAAGUAUCCUACCAGUAGUCUGAUUCCCUUGCUCUUUCCAGAAAACUGUUCAGCCUAUGGUGUAAGCUGUAUCUUCAUUAAAUACAGAAAUCUA